AUGGAGCCCCCGAGCGAGCCAAAUGACAGCGAGUACUCGAGCGCUCAGGCCUCCAUCGAGUAUCGCGAGUCUCUGCUUGCAGACGUGCGACGCGGGCAUCUGGCGGAGCUGCGCGGCUCCGUCUACAAUCGAUACUACAGUAUCACCGAUAGAUUCUGGCAAGGGGAGUCCUUCCAGGAACUGGAAACAGCCAUUCGUGAUCUCUGGUUCGCAUUCCAUGUCUGGGCGCGUAAAAUCUCCCACGAGCCGCCGGAACACGAUCGGAUAGUCUUGGACUUCACUCGGUUUCAGCUGUCCGGACCGUUACAGCGACUGGUGCAGGACAGUGACCACGAGUUCGAGGUGGCUCAAAGCCCGACAGGAACGGUCUUGUGGCGCGAUGAGCCCUUUUUCCUUGAGGACACGACCGCAUACUUCAUCCAGCACUUUCCCACGAUGAAGGCCGACCAUCGACUCAACUUCACCUACUUUGUGGCCAAAGUCGCAUCCACCGGGGUGCUGCAAGAUCGACUCACCGAGGUGGGUCUGUUGACCUUCCGCGAGGCGUUGGAGACCGACCGUCCACUGGGAGGUCUCGAUCCCGCACCGGACUCCUCCAGGCCUGCUCAGACACUGUCCGACCUGCCCAUUGCCGCUUUUCUCCCCGCCAUCCGCGCGUGGAUCUUUGAGUGUGGACGGAGAAUGAUCAACCUGUGUGAUGUGUCGUGGAAUAAGUGCGAUUCAUCGCUGGGCCGUGGCGGUCCCUUGUAUCUUCAGGCCACGGAGCUCAGUCGCAAGGCUCCCGCGGGCCUUAGUGCAGGGCGAUGGCUGUUCUGGAUCAAGAGAGUGGAUCAGAUCCACGAGCAGGCAACACAGGCCCAGGAGACGAAACUCGCCGAAGAGGCCUGGGUCACCCUGGAGCUGAUGCUCCACCCGCUCGAAUAUCGGGAUAGUCCCGUUUCUCGAGCGUACAAGGCCACACCCGACGACUUUAUCCGGGUCAAGUGGCCCGAGUUCUGGGCUUCAGAGAUGCCGGUUGAAGAGGGAGACAUCGAGGCACGUGAGGAUGAGCCUGAGAGGCCUCUGCUUGGAGAGGAUUGA